UACACCUCGAAUGACCACAGCAAAUGCUGCUGCAGCCCCAAUGUUUCGAUCCAAACCGCGUGCCUUGAAGCAAACAACGUUUCCAUGAAUCCUACCGUACGCGUACAUGCCACCCGUGCAUCCGGCUGCGGCAGUCGAGUCGAUGUUGUUGGCCGGUCAUGCAAGGAGGUACUAGUACUUUGAUCUCUUUCCCCUUCUCGGCUUGUCAAUCAAUGUUCAGUGGAUCAGUUGAAUUGUAUUCGCAUCCGAGACCUCAAUCUGAGAGCACGCAUGGCAAGGUCGGCUGGAUGUUCGCAUUGUUUGCUCUUAAAGAGCCAAGCCUCACGCCGCACACAUCAUCCUUGCAUGGACGUCUUCCAUUCUACCUGGUCAUGCAUUCCUGAAAGUUUUAUGUUCCUCCACUUCGGUUCCAGACGAAAUCUCAAUCAAGCUGGCAAUCGAUGGCUUCUCAUCGAGGCGAGCUGAAUAUACGGCGGCUACCCGUCCCUGCCUGGGCCGAAGACCAAUUGGUCCACAACCCGUCUAUCAGACCCCGUCAUGCUCAACACUUUCACAGUGAAUCGCUGCAGCGUCUUUUCUCUUUCGGAUAUUUCCUUUUGUCUCCUGGUCCCGUUUCAGACUAAUUUAACGCAAUUACCCCGCAAAGUGUCCAGUCUUCGCUUUUGCUUCAAUGCGAAACGGACUGAUCAGCAAACAAAGAAGUGCCUGAGUCUGUCUCUGCCACCGUACUUCCGGGUUCUCCCUGGUUGGCGUAUUGAGCAGUUUAUCUAUUGGCAAAAGAAGAGGCUGGUGAAAAGAGCAGUCCUACUCCGUCAUCCUGGGAAGUACUGCGGUUGACCUUGUCACGACAGCACCACCAACAUCGGGUUUAUGAGAGAAGCCAUUUUUGCGGCGUGACGCAUCGAUUUUCUUUUAACCUGACCUGCAUUGGUACUGAUACAUCCUGUGGGCCGCCGUUGGACCUCUACACUGAGCAGAGCGUGGGUGGCUUCAAGUCUAUGGAAGGCUGGUCACCUCUAUCUCACCGGCUUUUUCAGCGGCCCAGCAUUCCUAUAUUGUUUCAUUUAAAUCUCCUCCUUUUUUCCUGAUUGUUUCCAUAUCCCCCUCAUCUCUCACUUUAAGCCACUCCUGUCGCUGGAAGGAUAUUCAACCACGAAAGCAAGGCUUGCCGGACUAUUACCCCCUCCCCUCAACAGUAUUUUUCGCCUUGCCUCUCUUACUUACGUCCCGAACAGUACCACUCGGUCUCACAUGAGCUGGGCCCGUUGGCGAAAGAAGCACCCGGACAGAGAACGUGAGUAUCGCCGUCUCCACAACAAAAGACGUCGGGAAAGACGAAGGAUGGAAAAGGCCUACACAGCAAGUCGUCUCAGUCAGGUUGAAAUGUCGCCACACCUGUCGGACAUGGUGGAGGCUGAGAAAGAUGAAGAAAUAGACAUGGCCGCCAUCGUUAAUGCAGAGCUUGAAUCAAGCCCUCCCCCAGAAGUUCAUGGUGCACACAUAUUCUUCAGCAACACUCAGGCAUACCGUGAGGGGUCCCGAGACGAGGGAGCUCAGCCCGGAAGUGAAGGGCCUGACGAGGAUUGUGGUGAAACACCCAAAGACGACCAAGAUGAGAGUACUUUGGAGGAUAGCGCAGAAGAAGACGAUAACGACGAUGCUGAUGCUGAUGAUGACGACGACGACAACGAUGAGGAUGAAAGUGAAGAAGAGGAUGAUGAUGCCGAGGAUGAUGACGAAGACAGCAGUGUGACCUCCAGCGACUCCGACGGCACUGUUGAGGAUGAAACAGAAGAUGCAAAGAUCAAGAUUGACAACCGAAAUCUCGCCCCUGAUGCAUGGGAUAGCACACCCUCAUGUGAAAUCAAACACAUGCAAGAACCUGAAGGUGUCUUUAGUCACGAGGACGAAGACGAAGUGCGCAAUCUCAAAGUGGAAUUUAAGGAUCACACGAGGGACGUCACCGGGAUUCCCGAAGAGCAAGGCAGUGUCAGGCUUGAAGGCGAUGACAACGUCGCAGACGACAAUGAGAUCCCCCCUUCCAGUCAAGUUCCGCGCGCCGAUACUCCUACACCAGCACAAACGGGCCCAUCGAAGAACAAGUCCCGCCGCAAGAGACGCCGGCGUGGCAAUGAUGCAUCCUGCGGAGACCAACAAGAGUCAUCGAAGCGUCAGAAGACCGCCGAGACAUCCGAGACAGGGGCUGUGGCCGUGGCAGAGGUCGAAGAUCAGACGCAGCGCACUCAGAGCACCGGCAGCCAAACCGAACUCAUCACCAAGCAGCUUGACGAGAUGGCUACCGACAAUGGGACAUCUGCCAACCCUGGCUCGUCCAAGAAGGGGCUCAAGUCCAUGAGCGCCGGCAACUGGCCGCAUCUUCGCCCGACAAAGGUCUUCUACAAGUACUCGCUGGCCAAGCAGUCCCAAACCAUCAAGGACUGGAUGGCCAAGUCCGAAGAGUACAUGGACUACAUCCAAGCAGGCGCGCUGCCAAUCUCGAAGGUCACCCGCUUCUUCCGUUACGUCGUCAUUCAUCUCGAUGCCAUGACGGAGACACUGGACGACGUCGCUCUCGCCGUCGAACGAUUGGCAACCCACCACGAGGCAAUUCAGGAGGAAGCGAAAUCGGCCGAUAUCGAGAGGCACGAGAUAUCCGAGCUGCUGAGCAGGUUCGCGCCCCCGAGCUCAGCUCGUGCUGCCCUCGCACAGACCGGCGAGGAAGAAGAUUGAAAUCCGUCGUAAUGGCACGCCAUUGACCCUGCGGUCAAUACACGGCAUUUUGGGCAUUGAUCUCCUUCGACCUCGACGAGUCAACCCCAAGCUCAAUGUAUCUUUUUUUAUCUCACGACGAAACCAUGCAACAAAGCUGUGCCAGGGGCGCGCCAUACGCCUGCUCUUGUUACAGAAUGCAUACCUGGCGAUGGCGUAUGGCGUCCAAACUGCACGAUCCAAAUCUCAAAAGUUCGGGUCAUUUUUCUGCUUUCUUUUCCAACACUUCGACGAGGCUCUUGCGUGAUGCAAGCCAACUUCCUCUAUUUUCAUUUUCCAGUGCGCACAACGCCGAACAAUUCGCUCAGUGACCACCUCUACCGCCGACAGGCUUGUUGAUGGUGAUAAUAGACAGUUCGGGACUGCUUUGGCUUCCACAGGUUUGGAACAAGGCUACGGGUAUUUCUUAGCGGUCUUUCUUGGUUGGCUUGCUUCUACUUGGACCAAUAUCAAGGACCAAGGUGGAAGGGGCCUGCUCCUACGUUCGGUGUUCUUCUCUUGUGCUGUGCUUCAAACUGCAGAACCAGUGGCCGUACCCAACUAGCUUUCCCCAACUACAUCGAGGUCAACCUGGACUCCAGAAGGGCGACAUUGAUUUGCUAGCUUAUUGUAUGACCUGGUCUGAUAGGAUAAAAUGAGUUUCACGUCCUGAUCCGAGUAUUUCGUCCUUCA